AUGUCAGUAUUCUGGAAGAGGGAAAUUCCCUUGUCUGCUUUGCAGGUUGAUCUGGAAAGUGGUAAACAGUGGCGUUAUUCGGAAUUACGUGCUUGGACAGAAAACUGCGCUCAGCGACUGCGGGAAAUCGGUGUUGUUCCUGGGACACGAUGUGCGUUAAUUUGUUCCACUACAGCCCAAGCUAUAUUUGUGCAUAUAGCAUGCGCAAUGCUCGGCGCCAUUCUGGUGUCUGUGAAUGCAAGCUUAUCACCUGGCGAAAUAUGGGCCCAAGUGGACAACAGCAGGGCUGUACACUGCUUUACAGAGCAUCAAUACUUACCAAAAGUCGAAGACGUUAAACGAAUCGGAACGGUUCGUACUGGUGGACGUAUUUCGGUCAGUUUUAUUUUUCCCCUUCAAGCAUUUUUCACUUUUUUUUUUUAAAC